AAAUACUGCCACUUGAGACGCAUUUCUACCAUGACUAGCCCUGUAACGUAUACGAACCCCGAACUCGUCCAGGAUACACGCCUUGGAUGCACUGUCCAACUCCCACUUGGCUUUGGGCCCGUUCCUCCAUCCCGCAAAAAGAUAUUCUACUUCGAUAUCGAUAACUGUCUCUAUCAAAGAUCCACCAAAAUCCACGAUUUGAUGCAAUUGAAGAUCCACGACUACUUCAAAACCCACUUGGAACUUGACGACAAAGACGCCCAUGCUCUUCACAUGAACUACUACCAGACAUACGGGUUGGCAUUGGAAGGGUUGGUGAGAAAUCACAAGGUCGAUGCGUUGAAGUACAACGAGCAGGUGGAUGACUCAUUAGACUUGAAAUCGGUGUUGAGCUACAACCAGGAGUUGAGAAACAUGUUGAUUCGUAUCAAGAAAACCCACCAGUUUGACUGUUUCUGGCUCCUCACAAAUGCCUAUAAGAACCAUGCCUUACGGGUGGUUUCGUUCUUGGGAAUUGGUGAUUUGUUUGACGGCUUGACGUACUGUGACUACUCGGAGUCGCCCAUUGUUUGCAAGCCCAUGAAGUUGUACUUCGAUAAGUGUUUGAGCAUCACCGGUGUUGACAAUAAUGACUUGGACUUGGUAUACUUUGUGGAUGACAGUGAGAUCAAUGUCAAGGCCGCGUUGAAGUUGGGCUGGGGCCGGGUGUUCCACUUCAUUGAAAUAGAUGCUGAUUAUGAGCGAAUCUUGCAGCUGGACGACUUUGGUGAGUACUAUAGCCAGGAUAAUAGUGACGGCCGCAAAAUCACCAUUCUUAGGAAUAUCUUGGAGUUGGAACUGGCAUUGUGAAGGCUUAGAAUUAUAGACCCAGAAACUAGGGCCAGAAACCACAAGACUUGAACUAAUGGCCCAGAAACUAAGGCGAGAAACUACAAUACGUGCACUAAUUGCACCCACAGUUCCAGUGUGCAUCCAUAGAUUAGCUGGAAACCCAAUCGACUCUCCUGCUGGCAUAUUUGUAGACUGAAUAAUAUACUAGAAAUACCCCUGGUUUCACCU